AAAUAAAAAAAAAGUUAUUGUCUGUGGGUAAUGUCGAGCGCCGUGGACUUGUGGCUGUGAAAAUUUCCUUUUCCAAGGCUUUUUGCUAUUUUGAAAUACACAUGGUUAUCUUUAUUUUGGUGAUUGUUUCUUUAAAUAACAGAUAAGAAAAUUCGGCAGAAUUAUGAUCAGUGCUGUGAUUUGAUAAAGUGAUAGUGCAGUUUUGGAGGUAAAAUGCCCGCUUCCAUUUGCGAUCCAGUAUCAAGCGCAUUGCGUUUAUCUCUUACAGCAGAUGAAUCGCAAAGUUCUUCUUUGUUGGACAGCAGAAUAUAUUCUUCUGCUAAAAGUGUUCUCCUGACGAAAAUAGACUUUGAAGAAUCAGGGGACUUUCAGAGUAAUGUUCUUGACGGGUUGAAGUCUAAGUACGUGGUGAUUCGACCUAAAAAAACAGUGCUAGAAAGUAAAAUUCUUAAAAAAGAAGGAUCUUCUAGUAAUCAGACAACAGAUGGUAAUAAACAUGGUGAAGAAGGACUACCUAAACCCAAAAGGGUUCUUUUUCCUGUUGAAAAAGUGCAGUUGGGAUGGCAAAGUGCAUGGGCUGCAGGAGCUGGCAUGCAGAAUGUGGGAAACACAUGCUACCUCAACUCCACACUGCAGGCACUCUUCCAUGUGCCUGCUUUAGCUAAUUGGUUGGUCUCAGAAUCAGGGCAUGCUGAAAAAUGUAACCAACAAGAAGCAUGUGUAAUAUGUGGGAUGCGUGCUACAUUGAUGGCAACUCAAAAAAGUGGAGGAGCACCUAUUAAACCCUGGCAAGUUUAUUCCAAGUUACGUCUUAUUUGCAGACAUUUAACACCAGGUCGCCAAGAGGAUGCCCAUGAAUUUUUGAGAUACCUGGUAGAAGCAAUGGAAAAAUGUUACCUGUCACGUUUUGUGAAUUCAGACAAGUUGGAUCAAUAUAGCAAGGAAACAACACCUAUGAACCAAAUAUUAGGUGGCUAUCUGAGGUCUACAGUUCGGUGCUUGGCUUGCCAUCACCUAUCAACCACUUAUCAGCAUUUCCAGGAUUUGCUUCUGGAUAUUAGAAAACAUUCAACAUUAGAUGAAGCACUUGACUCCUUUUUCUCAAGGGAGAGAUUAGAAGAUUUGGGAUACAAAUGUGAAGCAUGUAAUAAGAAGGUGUCUGCCACAAAACAGUUUUUCAUUGAACGGGCCCCUAUGGUGUUAUGCAUUGCAUUGAAAAGGUUUUCGCUGACAGGAGGCAAGCUUUCAAAACAUGUUCAAUUUAGAAAAAAGAUAACACUAAAUAAAUAUAUCUACAACAAAAACAACAAUCAACAGCUGUCAUACAAGUUGGUGAGUUUAGUGACUCAUCUUGGUCCGUCGCAAAAUUGUGGACAUUAUACAGCAAUUGGCCAGGCACCAAAUAGUAAUUAUUAUCAGUUUGACGACAGCUGUGUGAGACCACUGCCUUUGUCAGCUGUUCUCGGAACAAACGCUUACAUAAUGUUUUUUGAAAAAGACAACAGCACUGAAGACACCUCCGUCCCCACCGCAUCCACUUCCAGUGCCGUGUACGGCCCUCAAUUACCAGAUAGUAUUAUAAGCAGGGAAAAGAGCCCUCUCAAACUAACAUUUUAUAGAAACGAUGAAAGAAAACCAAUAGUCCUCAACAGCACAUCCACCGAGGCUAAUCAAUCUGAAAAUAAACCGAUAAUCUUGAACAGCACACUGAGCAAGUCAUCGGAGUCCAGCAACUCCAACAGCGAACCCUGGGUGGUCAAACAGAACGGGGAGGUGGAGAAAGUGGUUCAAGCUCCUAAAAUAUUGAACGGAAUCGAGAAGAGCAAUUUUAAACUCGACGAGGACAAGAAAAUAAGUUUCGUAAUCAAGAGGCAGAACGGGGAGGAGAAAUCGAAAGCGAAAGAGACGGAAGCCAGGUCGAGCAACGGCGUCGCGAAGACUCCGGAGAAGGCGUCGACGAGCAAGCUGGUGCGGCCGCCGAAGUCGCCGCUGGAGAAACUGGAGGAGCAGAUGAACCGCAGCGACUCGUCGAGCGGCUCGCGCGCGCGCCUCGUGCCCUACGACUCGGAGUCCAGCGGCGACGAGGCGCGCCCGCGCCGCCCCAAGCCCAGCCGCUGCCGCUCGCCGCCCGGGCUCGUCGUCACCACCAAGGGCAUGCACCACGCCUGGACCGUCUCCAGCGAGAAGAGCGGCCCGCUGCUCAGCCCCAGCCUCAACGGCGUCACCAACAAAAAGGUGAAAGAAAAGGAGGAAAACGAGCAGAGUCCGAACACGAGCGUCAGUAGCAUGUCUCCGCUCAGCGACCGCAGCUCGCCCGCCGCCGCGCCCGCUCCCGCGCCCGCGCCCGCGCCCGCCUCCGCUCCCGCCAACGCGCCCGCGCCGUCCUUGCUGCCGGGCGAGGCGGCGCGCCACCUCAACACGCUAUCUCACCGCGGCUACGGCGCGCCCGUUGCCUCCUGGAAUGGAACCCACAGCGCCAUGUCCAGACAGGUGUUCGAGGAGAAGCGCGACGAGCGGAAGCGCGCUCUGGAAGCGAGCGACGAGAUGGACCGCGGCCGCAGCAAGAAAGUCAAGAAGUUCCACCACUACAACCGCUUCAACAACAACAGGAAUGGAUACAACCCCUUCCAGGAAAAGCAAAACAAACCCCAUUGGGGAGGAAACUUCAAGUAUCGGAAUGAGCGCCGUCCACCGCACCACUUCAAUAAACAUCACAACAAUAAGUACAACAAAAGAUUCAACCGGUACAGCAAUGGGCAUCACUACCCGAGGCAUCAUUGACCCAGGUCAAACAUAGUCCUUCUAAGGUGUAUAUAGAUACUCUGGACAUAAUUAUUAGCUAAUCUUCUAAUAGUCAUGCAUAGUGAUAAUUGCAACAUGUAUAUUCAUAUAAAAAAUUGCUGCCGCGUCAAAUUAAUAACUAGCAGCCAGACCAUUGAUGCAUGUUAUAAAAAAACAAAACGUUCGUCAAUAUACUGCCAAACAGCCUUUCCAUACCGCAUAAACGCAAAAAAUAAAAUAAAAUAUAUACAUGAUACUAUACAAUUUACGUGUUUAUACAUAUUAUUCUUGUUUAUUCACGGUUUGCAUUUGAAAUGCAGUGAUAACUCCUAGUUUGAUGAUUUAUUGAUUUACUUAUUGAUGUAAAUUGUGCAGGCAAUAGCCGUCGUAUUGUCUAAUCGGGUUUGUCCUGUGACUUUUUGCAUUUGAAUAAUGUCUCGGUUUUAAUGAGAAAUAUUGACUGCAAAGUUUAACUUCUUAGUUGUGUAGUUGUUUUUUUAUUAUUAAUUAUUUCCUGAACAUGGCUUGUUUGUUACCUUUUAUGAAACAUGGUUAUCAAAGGUAAUGAACAUUAUUAUGAAUAUGCCGGUCUGAGGUCUUACUUAUUGAUACUUUCCGUAUAAUAUUGGGACGUUAAUCAAACUAUCUGGCAUUGAUUCAUUAUUAAUUUUAGUGUAGUAAAAUAUUCAAAAAAUAAUAGUCAAACUUUUGAAAACAUAAAAUUAAAGCUCUAUCUAGAUGUAGGCUUUUCGUCAAUCCCUUCUCGUUAGUCCCUACAGCUAUAAUAAUUGUUAUUGGUUCCAUUUUAUAAUCAUGUACUUCUUGUCUAUUUGUUACUUCAUUCAGCAUGGAUGGUAUAGGACAUACUACCGGUUGUUGAAUGAAAUACUAAACAUUGCUCGAUUUCCGGCAAUGUUACGGGAAGUGAAAUAACCUCGUAGUAUGUCUACACUGAAAAUACCAUUAUAAAAUUACUGUAAUAUAACAUUUCUCUAUUAUAAUACUAUUCACAAUAUAUUUAAAUUAAAUUUAUUAAUAGAAAUUCAAAAUUAUCCAAUUCGGUACAAUUAAGGUACUUGUCUUAUUUUCCUCGUUUGCAAUUGUUUCUUUUAAUUCAGAUUUACCUGUUUGUUUUAUUUUGAAUUUUCUUUGCCAGAAAUAAGAUUGUGAUUUAUAUUUUUAAUUGUUGUAAAUGGUUAUAAUGGCAAGAUGUUCACGUUAUGCGAGGUUUUCUUUUAGAUGAGUAGGCCACCCCAUUGGAAUAUAUCCAACACGACAACGCAGUUAAGAGCAUUUUAAAAAGAACAGUUAUAUUUUAAUGUUAUUUUAUUUGUACUGUACUAUACGACCUUUGUUUAGAGAUAGAUUUAAGUAUUUUAUUUCGAUUACAUUCUUCAGACCCAUGACCGUUUCUAAAAAAUUGGGCACCAUUAUCAUCUGAUACGUUUGGUAGUUAAGUAUACCUAAGUUUAAUGAAUGUGUAUUUGAAUUUAUUAGAAUACAUUUGUUGCACAGAUAUACGCGUCACUCGCGUGCUGCGAUGACGAGCAUAGCGGUAUUGACUUUGUCUUAUUCAAUUAAAAUAGAGAUAUUUUAUAACCGAAAUAAUUAGCAGUAAGUUACACACGUUGUUAACGAGAGACUUGUUUAUUAUGCGUAAUUAAAAGUAUUUAGCGGUGAAUCGUCUCAAUACUUCAUCAAUACUUAAUUCAUAUUAGUUGAUUAACCUGGGAUUUCUGAAUUUUAGCUCGAGCGUGCUGAUCAUAAUAUGAUCAUAAUAAAAUCUUAAUUCAGAAACCGGGAGUAAGAAAUAUUUCGCUUUGCUAUUCGUAUGUACGAAUUUGCGGGAAAUUCAGAAAUAGGUUAGGUUCUCUUGCACACUGAAUUAUACGGCCCAGUAUAGACGGUAGCCAAAGGUAAUACAAUCAAUAUUAUCUCUUGGCUAUUGAUUCUGUCCACUGGCCGCAAGACAUCUGCUGGGCUGACAGCAGAACUGGGAAUGCGCAGACGCUUCGAUGGUGAAGUAUCAUGGCCGUCUUGUCAAACUCUUGAGAAAAAUGAUAAGUUGGCACUAAAAUGUCAUUAUACGUGCACAGUUUUAGUGCCGGAUGCGAGUUACGUCGUUCCCGACAGUGAAAAUCUUGUCGAGCGAAAAUGCUUAACGCAAGUUCAGUAACGAAACAGUUUGUAUAGAUUGAAAUGCGUGCCUAUACAGCCGCGUAAACCAGAUCGGUAAAUGCCUUUAUUCUUUGUAACAUUUUUACAGAAUAUUAAUAUUUUACAGAAUAAUAAUAUUGUUAAGAGGUCUAUUUGAGACGAAUCAAAUCUGUUGUUGUUUAUGAGACGCAUUCUUAAAAUUUAACAGUACAAAAAAUUAACACUGGUAAAUUAAUAAAAUAUGUUAUCUGUGAAUUUUUUAUAGACAGAGUGCUUCCAACAAUUCCCCUACAAUGUUGCUUUACAGAAAACAGACCCUAAGGUUUUUUGGCAUUAAAAAUGUUUCUCAAAUGCCAUCGUCGCCCUUUUGAUGCCUUCGCACCAUACUAAGUUCGCUUUAAAAGUAAGUCAAACCUGAGGAACCGACCGAACGGUGCUACUUAUGAUCGUUGGUCACUGUAUAGUUGAUAUGUGACAAAAUUUCCGUUUUGACACAGAGGGUGGAGACCACAAUACAUUUGAUUACGUAGGAUGUAAGGGCGCACUCUAAUACUAGGAAUGUUGCACGUUCUCAAGCACUUUGUUAAUAAGAUUUAUUACAAAACAAUUUUUUCAGUACCAAACACGUAAGUGUACGAGUAUUAGCGUACGCCCUGACGAAGUCCUAGCCUCCGUAUAAAAUCAAAACUUAAUUAUCACAAUAACAGGACAUAAUUUGUCACAUUGUAUUCGUGUUUUUUUGAAUAAGUGGUAUUGUGAUCCUUUUAUGAUAUUUAGUUUAUUUUUAUAUUUUGAUGUUAACACAUUUAGCCAAUAUUGUAGUGUACUGGCUGACUAAACAAGUAAGGUAUACAUACAUAUGUUUUGAUUGAAUUUGGUAUUGUUGUCUUCACCCAUAGAUUAUUCAAUUUUCAAGCGAGAUAUUGGUGUUAAGGUGUUAAAUGGUUGACGAUGUCGAAAGUUAUGUAUAAAGGUUCUAACAAACAACAUUUAGAUUGACUUAACGUUGUGUUAUAGAUUUAUAUUACACAAAUAUAAGGUCCUAUAUUAUUAGUCAAGUUACGGGAAAUUCUACUGCUCUAAUUUAAAUACCUUUUUUUAUGGAACAGCCUUUGCAUACAAACUAGUAAAAACUGGAUUUGCCCUAGUUAAUAUAGAUUUUAUGAAGAUAAUGAUGUCUGGAGAAAAAGUUAUUCUAUUUCAGAAUUAUGGCAUACGCACGUUGUAGAAGGCCAUUACUUAGAAAUAAAAUAGGACCUUGUAAGUUGUUAAAGGUUUUCUUCCAGCAAUAAUAAAACUCAAACCUCAGUCAAUAGUGUCUUAAGAAUGUAUUAUGAAAUAAGCUUAGGAUAAUAGUUAGCCUUUGGUUAUAAUUCGUUUCGUAGGAGAAUGUAAAAUAUUAAUAUUUAGGUACCUAAGCUAGAGUGGGUAGGCAUUUUUGUAAUAUCCACUCCAAUGACUAAAAUAUGAAAAAAGUUGCUACACUUGAAA